AUGGCCACCGCCCAUACCAACGGCCAUGCCAACGGGCACGCCUCGAAACCCUCAGACGCCGCAGAACUCCGCCGACGACUUCAUCACGAUGCCGAUAUUGUAAUAGUGGGUGCUGGAGUGCUUGGGUGCGCGCUGGCCGUGGCAUUGGGCCGCCAGGGGCGGAGCGUCCUGCUGCUCGAACAGUCGCUCAAGGAGCCCGACCGCAUCGUCGGCGAGCUCCUGCAGCCCGGCGGAGUCACUGCCCUUGAACAACUAGGACUGCGAGACUGCCUGGAGGGAAUCGAGGCCAUCCCGACAAAUGGGUACUACGUCUCUUACCUGGGCAAGCCCGUCGCAAUCCCAUACCCCAGCCAAAGUCCCGGGACGCCGCCACCGGAGGGCCGCUCAUUCCACCAUGGCCGGUUCGUGAUGAAACUGCGCGAAGCUGCUGCGGCUUGUCCCAACGUCACAAUUGUCGAGACAAAGGUUACAGAUCUGGUCACUAGCUCCCACACCAAGCAGGUUCUCGGUGUGGAGUGUAUGACCAAGGAAUCCAAAGACUGCUAUUUCGGCCAGAUAACCGUCGUCGCGGACGGGUACGCCUCCAAGUUCCGGAAACAAUAUCACCCUUAUACUCCCAAGGUCCGGUCAAAGUUCUGGGGCCUCGAGCUCAUCGAUGCGGAACUUCCGCAGCCACACUACGGCCAUGUCCUCCUGGAACCUGAUCGCCCGCCCAUCCUCAUCUACCAGAUCGGAACCCACGAGACCCGAAUCCUCUGUGAUAUUCCCGAAAAUCUACCCUCGGCCUCUGUCAAAAAUGGGGGAGUUAAGGGCCACCUCCGAAAUGUCGUCCUCCCCUCCCUUCCGAAAUGCGUGCAGCCCUCCUUCGCCGCCGCUUUGGACAAAGGCCAGCUGCGGUCCAUGCCAAACUCCUUCCUGCCGAGUGCUCCAAACAAAACACCUGGAUUAAUAGUACUGGGCGAUGCGCUCAACAUGCGGCAUCCGUUAACAGGCGGUGGUAUGACCGUUGCGUUAAGCGACGUCGUCAUCCUCCGUGAGCUGCUCAGCCCGGAGAAAGUCCCUAGGCUAAGCGACACCAGACUUGUCCUCAAGCAGCUCUCGACCUUUCAUUGGAGACGAAAGAUGGGAGCAUCAGUUAUCAACAUCCUAGCACAGGCAUUAUACUCGCUUUUCGCUGCAGAUGACGACAACCUUAGAGCCCUCCAACGCGGCUGCUUCCAGUACUUCACCAUGGGAAUGUACAAGACGCCAGUCAGCCUGCUCGGCGGCAUGCUCAAGAAGCCCCAAAUUCUCUUCACACACUUCUUCACCGUCGCUUUCUUAUCGCUAUGGAUGAUCAUCCGCGAUUCCCCGCUGUACCAACUCCCCCUCGCCCUCAUCCGGUGCGCGCUCGUCUUCUGGACAGCCUGCGUCGUUAUCUUCCCCUACAUGUUGAUCGAAGCCUUUUGCUAG